GUGCUGGGGGUGCUGCUGGCGCUGCUGCCGCCCCCCGCCCCGGCCGAGACCUUCUCGGCGAUGCUGAGCGUGCGGGGAGCGCUGGGGACUGAGCUCCGCCUGCUCCGCCGGCUCCGCGCGUACCUGCGGGACGAGAGCUCCCGCCUGCGCCGCCUCCGCAGGUUCUACCAGAAGGUGCAGGCGCUGCACCAGCACCCCAAGGCCUCAGUGGACAACCCCUUGCUGGCCUUCAGCCUCAUCAARCGGCUCCACUCGGACUGGCCCAACGUCAUCUACAGCGACGAGGCCACCGAGAACAGCCAGGCGUUCCAUGCUGGCCUCAGGGAGGUGGAGCAGGAGCUGCCUGGAGCUGAGGACCUGGAGGGGGCAGCCAGGGCGCUGAUGAGGCUGCAGGACGUGUACGCCCUCAGUGUCAAGGGCCUGGCCAGGGGCAUCUUCCAGAGAGACGGGCACCCGCCCCUCUACAGCCCCGAGCCCCGCGUGCCCCUCUCUGCCGACGACUGCUUCCACGUGGGAAAGGUGGCCUAUGACAUGGGUGACCAUUACCACUCCAUCGCGUGGCUCGAGGAGGCCGUCAGCCUCUUCCGCCUCUCCUACGGCAGCUGGAACCCGGAGGACAGCAGCAGCCUGGAGGAUGCUCUGGACCAUCUGGCCUUCUCCUACUUCAUGGCUGGGAACAUCUCUCACGCCUUGAGCCUCUCCAGGGAGUUUCUCCACUAUGAUCCCAACAACCMCAGGGUGCUGAGGAACGUGGCCAAGUACGAGAAGCUGUUGGAGAUGGGGACAGGGACGAGGGGCAGCCCCCUGCAGCGCCCCAACAGCCCCCGCCUGCAGAGCCGCGACGCCUACGAGGAGCUGUGCCAGCGCCGCGGGGCACAGAGCCCAGAGCGGCUCCCACAGCUCAGCUGCUCCUACGAGACCAACAGCAGCCCCUACCUGGUCCUGCAGCCCGCCAAGAAGGAGACGGUGCGGCUGCGACCCUUCGUGGCUCUGUACCACGAUUUCAUCAGCGACGCCGAGGCUGAGACCAUCAAGGGCUUGGCAGGGCCCUGGCUGCAGAGAUCCGUGGUCGCCUCAGGGGAGAAGCAGCAGAAGGCAGAUUACAGGAUAAGCAAGAGUGCGUGGCUGAAGGACACCGCUGACCCCGUGGUGCGGGCGCUGGACCGGAGAAUCGCCGCCCUCACCGGCCUGGACCUGCGGCCACCCUACGCCGAGUACCUGCAGGUGGUCAACUACGGCCUGGGGGGCCACUACGAGCCACACUUCGACCACGCCACGUCCCUGAAGAGCCCCCUGUACAGAAUGAAGUCGGGGAACAGGAUCGCCACCGUCAUGAUCUACCUGAGCCCAGUGGAAGCUGGAGGCUCCACUGCUUUCAUCUAUGCCAACUUCAGCGUGCCCGUGGUGAAGAACGCGGCUCUUUUCUGGUGGAACCUGCGCAGGAACGGGGACGGCGAUGGGGACACGCUCCAUGCCGGCUGCCCUGUGCUCGCUGGCUCCAAGUGGGUGGCCAAUAAAUGGAUCCACGAGCACGGGCAGGAGUUCCGGCGGCCGUGCAGCACUGACCCGCGGGACUGAGCUCUGUGGGAUCACAGAUCGGGGGACAUCGUCUGCAGUGGCACAGCCACCCCACAGCGUGUCCCCGAGGGAGGAUCACAGAUCAGGGGACAUCAUCUGCAGUGGCAAAGCCACCCCACACAGCGUGUCCCCGAGGGAGGAUCACAGAUCGUGGGACAUCACCAGGAGGUGGCAAAGCCACCCCACAGCGUGUCCCCGA